AUGGACAAAGAUUGCGACAUGGUUUAUAAAAAUAUUUCUGACCUUUACAAAUCCGAAGAAUUUAAGACAUACGAUAACUUUGUUUCAUUAGUUGCAAAAUGUGUAUGGCAGAUAAGAGAUAAAGAUAGAAGAGGUAAGGUAUGGAAUGAACAGAUAAAACCAGCAGCUUUUGAGUUAAAGAAAACCAUUGACGCCUUAGUUGUUCUAGCUGGUUUUAUUUCAAUGUAUAACGCAAAAACGAUGCCGCAAUGUUCAAAAUGUAAAGCAGCAAUAAGAAAAUAUAACUACUCAGUCAAAGAGAUAGAAAGAAUGCGAAACGACUAUGCAGACUUAAAGAAAGAAGCAGAAAAGCCAGCAGAAGAUAAAAUGGAUAUGUUGACAUUUCUUAAUAAAAACUAUCCAACAGCAGAAGAUUUCCUUCUGUCUGACGUCAAGAAGAAAUAUAAAGAAACCUUCGGCAUUGUUAAAACAUUCGAUGUACUAAAAGAAGAAAUAGAAGCUACGAAAUUGUUUAGGAUUUCAAAUAUACAUCGUACAAUUCAUGUAAAACGCUUGUGA